UCUUUUUGCGUAACGUCCUCUCUCUAGUUCGCAUCUCGAUAUGUUCUCGCAACAAACACACCUCAUACUGAAGGUUACACAAGCACGGCUCCAGAUGCAGUAACUCAUCCACGGCGCUGGAACGCUGUGCAAUUUCGAACGCCAAACUCCACCAGGCGUACUGCGGGCAGGCACUCCACCAUGCAGUUUACCAGCAAACGCCCUGCUGCUGAACCACAGUAUGAAGCUCGUGUCUCCAUCGACCUACUUGCAGACCCAGACUUCCCCCUCCAUCAACAACGAACUCCGACCCGAUCAUCCAGCCGCAUUAUACGACCCCGAAGCCAGCAGUCGAUGCGACGAAGUCUGUCCGUUAGCAGGCCGGACAUGAUCACUCCCGAUGAGUUUGCGAGGCUUCCAGUCUCUGUCCAGAAGAAAUACUUUUCCGAACAAGAACGACUCCGUAUAGCGCAGGAAGGGGCUGCCCAGAUGCGGCGUAAGCACUCUCGCAAGCCUAGAUGGCUCAGCAUUGGAACUUCCGUGGACCUCAAACGUCCGCAAUCUGCGCAUGAACUGCGAAAGUUCUCGUCGUCUUCGGAUCGAUGUGGCACUCCCGACCUCUUCCACCAACACAUUAUCACGUUCGAGCAAGCGCUAUGGUUCUUGGAUUUGUCAGACAGAGCUCGUCGUCAGCAGUUCUCCAAAGCUGAAGCUGCGCUGCUAAAUGCCGAAAGCGAAGCGAUCUUGCAAGCGAACAACGCGGGCGCGACACACCCUGCUUUGCAGCAUCGACAGGCCGUCAAAUUUGAAGACACUAUCAACGUAGCAGGAGCGGCUGAAGAGACACGGCCAUCAGCUGGUGAAGCUCCCGAUAAGGGUUCAGGUGCUCUCCAGGCGCCAGCGGACAACCUUCUGUCUCCCGCACUCCACCGCGCCGCUACAGCUGCACGUGCUCGAAGACGGUCACCGUCGCCACGCCCGCCCGAAGAGGCCUAUGUGGCUGCAAGGAAACCCCCCCGCCGAGCGUUGGCGCUUACGCCGAUCAAACUGCCGCCGCCAACUUUGAUGCCACUGCCGUCUCAAAGUCCGGUGUCACCAAAAACGAUCGACUUCCCUGACGACUCCGUGGAUGAUGACGCAGAUACCAUUGAUAGCGAAAGCCCCAGCACGCCCGCCAGCAGCACAGACAUGGCCGUGCGCACUGUCAUCCAGUCUGCAUCCUUCGACUCUGGCAUAGGCCUUCCAUUGCAGCUCAACGUUCCGGACAAGGACGAUUCACGCCUCGAGUGUCAAGCUUCCAAACUCGAAAGAGCACCAGGAUCUAGGGCAGCGGGCAGACCAGGAUUCCUCACUCCUAGCGGGUCCUUACACGACUUGCCGAGACCUGAAACGAGAGACUGUGGUAUCGAUGACACAGACCCUCUUGCUCUUGCACCUUUGCGAGUCAUUGAUGAUCCCACUGGCGCUCAGGGUGCCUUUGCAUUACGCACUCAACAGGAGCCGAAAAGUCGAAGGACUUUAUGGAAAGGUAUGAGCUUGAGGCGCCGCUAGACCACAUACUGCGCUCCACGC